GCGCAGCCGCCCUGCGCAUCCGUCAGCAGGGGUGGAUAGCGCAGCCAUUUCUCUGCCCCUCACGAAAAAAAAACCUACAGCGGGGUUUUGUGAGGGUCUUUCACUCAGAUAACUUCCCCGACGUGCAGGAAUCAUGACGUAAGUAGCACAUACCGAGGCGCAACUCGACCCGGGAGCUCCAAACUUUCUCCCAAAUGUAACGCCUGCGCAGACGACACACACACGCUCGGUCUUUUUUUCUGUUGUUUUCCGUCAGAAAUGGCGGGACAUCUGCAAGGCGGCUGCAACGACAUCGCCACCAUGCAUGUGAAAACAGAAACGCUGGAUGAGAACACGUCUGCGCUGGUUCUAAGCAGCCGAGGCUCGCCUGCGCCCUGCGGAGAUUCCGCAUGCAGAGGGGGGGAGCAGACUGCAGAGGAGCCGGCUGACACCACCACUGCUCCGGUGCUGCUGUACCCGGUGAGUACAGACCGCUUCUUCACUACAUCAGGGGACGGAAAGACGUACCUGAAGAUAGCUCCAGCUUCAGGGAUGCCUUCUGCUCCCUCAGAGAAGACGCUUCCCUCCGGCUCCGAUUUCUCCUCCAAAGCAGUGCUGUGUCUGAUCGAGGCGGUGGGGCGCCGCUGGGGCCUCUAUGAGACCCGGGAACGCUCGCAGCUCUUCCAGAGUGUCCAGGAGGAGAUGGCGUCCAAGGGCCACCUGCUUCCUGUCGAAAAGAUCCGCCGCAAGUGGAACAACCUCAUCGUCACUUACAAGAGGGUUAAAGACCGCAGCCGGGAGACGGGACAUGCUAAAACUUCCUGGGAGUUCUUCGAUUUGAUGGACGCCACACUCUGCGACACCGUUGGCACUCAGACCAUCAACAACAAACGACACAAAAGCGGGAACACCGUUUCCACGCUGCCUGGUCCUUUGGCCAAGAUCGCUGCAAAACCACAGGCCACCACCACCACUACCAACACCAUCAUCAGCCCUAAUGGGGACUUUGCCUCGAGUGGUGGUGUGGACUCAGUGGGUCAGGGAGCCAUCAGCAGUCAGAUCAUCAGUACUGCUGCUGUCAUCCCCUCAAUGACCACCGUUAGCCCAACGAAUGGUCCUGAGCUCAAACCCCUGAUCGUCCUCAACAGUGACAUUAUUACAACCAGUAUUCACCCAGCCACCAUCGUGCCGUCCCCGUCUUUUAUCUCCUCGCCUUGUUUCACAGAGACAGCUUCUUCUUCCCCUUCCUUUCUUGGCUCGACUAGCUACACGGACCUCAACACAUCACGCUACGUCAGCCGUAAAGCUCCGUCGUUCUCAUCAGGCGGCAUACCCUUCCGUCUUAGCAAUGCGCCACUCGGAAACACCCAGAAUCUGCUCAGUCUUUCCUCCCCUUUCCCCGCUACUUCCUCCUGUCUCACUUCUUCCACGUCCUACGCAUUAUCCGCAACAAAUGCGUCCAUAUCCGAAGGACAGAAAGGAAACGAGGACACGAGCAGCGCCGCUUUGUCCCAGGAGAUUCUGCAGCGACAGGAGGAGCAGGACUACCUGGAUCGAGUGGCUCGACGGCGAGUGGAAGCCAGGGAAAAGAGGCGCGAGAGGAGGGAAGUUCGAAUGGCUGAGUCCCUCGGUAGGAUAGCCACAGCCCUGGAGCUGCUCUCCUCCAAGCAGGACACAGUCAUCGCCCUCCUGCAGAGACUGGCUGAUCGGAAGUGAUGGAGGGGGAAGGUUAUCGUGACAAACCAAAUCUUGCUGAAGAAAUCCCUUCCAAGACUCUUCCACAAAAAGAGGGAUUCCUGUCUCCAACUUUCCCUCACGUUUUCAACAAACAAACUCAAACAAAGUCUGCACUUUUAAUGGACGUGCAAUGACGUUGUGGAAUAGUCCAAAUUGCAGUCCAUUAUGCAGCUCUCACUCAAUGCUGGCGCUUUAAAUCCACAAAUGAUUGCCAAUGUUUUUUCAAGUUUAGGUUCAAAGUCUUAUCCUGGCUGUCAGUACUGGCGGUUCCAUAUGUACAUUGAAUUUGUUUUUGGUCCAAAAGUCCUUCCUUCAAUACUGGCCAAAAACACAACGCUAUUUGCUGUAAAUAUGAGAAAAGGAUCCUGAACCCAGUGUGGAUCUCGGAUUGGAUCUUCUUGCAAAACAUUUUCAAAAUGACCUAAAUGUUUCGUCCACUCAUUAAACUGAAAUGGUUUCCCUGUAGAUUUUUAUCGGCGCGGUGAUCCUUACAUAAAAAUAGUGAAUUUUAUACAUGAUGUUUAAAGCAUGUGACUUUCAUCUUAAAAAAUAAACCAACACAAAAGAACAGAUUAAUGUUCAACCAUGAAUGCAAUGUACAUUAAGAUUAUUCUUCUUUUAGAUAUAAAACACAUUUAAUUGUGCCUUCAUGCUUUCAAUGUUUGUUUUCAUUGUGCAGAAAUUUGGACCUGUACACAUUAACCCUUUAACUGUAGUGCCGGUAUCCUGCCUUCAUUACAUUUCCUUUGCAUCAUCACAUUCAUUAUGCCCUGCAGGAGCAGGACGGGGAACUGGAGAGUGGACCGAUCCAAAUAAAACAAGCUUUAAGAAC